GACUGUUGAUGAGAAAAGUAAAGAAAUUGAGGAACUGAGAGAAGAGAUGACAACUAUCACUCAGAAACACAAUGAGGAUUGUAAAGAGUUUUCUGAUAAAUUUGAAGAAAGAGAGAAGAGAAUAAAAGAACUUGAAACAUUGGAAGACAAAUAUAAAGAAUUAACUGAAACACACAUCACACUCAAAGAUGAACUGAAUGAUACAAGAGAAAGUCUAAAAGAAGAGAAACUAAAUGUAGAGAAGACACAGCUCCUGGCAGCCACACUCCAGGAGGCAGUGGAGACUGAGAAACUAGCAAGAGAUUAUGCACAGAAACUGAACCAGAAGAGAACACAAAAGCAACUGAUGGAGAAAGAAGAACUGGGAAGGUCUGCUACUCUCAUACAACAGAAAUGGAGACAAUAUCAUUUAAAGAAGAGGCAACUAUCAUUUGAAAAGGAGCAGAAUGAGUUGAUUCAGUACUUGCAGAGUGUAUUAAGAGGACACACUGUUAGAGACCAGUUUUUAACACACAGAGAGAGAAAUACAGAGACAAAUGAGCUGACAAAAACUGUACAAAAUAUUCUCUCUGGACAUUAUGUUAGAAGAAUGCUAUUGCAACAAAAUGAACGUUGAAUUUUAU